AUGGCCGGGAAGGUGGCGCUGCUCCUGUGGGACCAGACCCUCGGCCUCGCUGGUGCCCAGACCACCCAGCUCCUGGUGGAGCCCCCCUGGAAGCCGGCGGUGCUGUGGGACAGGGUGACCCUGACCUGCCAGGGCUCGGGGACCGCUGGUGCCACCACCUGGUACAAGGAUGGGCAGCGCUGGGGGCAGGAGGGACCUGAACACCUCACUGUCACCGAGAGUGGCACCUACACAUGUCCCUGGUGCUAUGGGCACCCACCUCAGAAUGGCCUCAUCAGUAAAAUGUGACCUUCCUGUCCCACAGACCCACUGGUGCUGCAGGUGCCAGCGCGGGCACUGCUGGAGUGGGACACAGUGACACUGCGCUGCCGGGGCCGGCAGGAAAACCAUCUCAGCAGGGUGCGAUUUUACCGGGAUGAGAAGGAUCUCGGGGGGUCCCUCAGGGGAACCGAGCUGUCCCUUCCCCCCCUGCAGCUGCAGCACAGCGGCCGCUACCGAUGUGAGGGCUUGGUGGGGUCCUGGCAGUCCCGGUCUGCAGCAGUGACAGUGACAGUGCACAGGGUCCCGCCCUCGGGGGUGUCCCUGUCAGCACAGCCCCGGGGACAGGUGGCACUGGGGGACAGCCUGGUGCUGAACUGCUCAGUGACCAUGGGAACAGGUCCUCUGUCCUUCUCCUGGCACCGGGAGAGCUCAGGGGCACUACUGGGCACCCGCCCCCGCCUGGAGCUGCGCCACAUUGGGGACAAUGACAGCGGCCAGUACCGGUGCCGGGUCAGCGACGGGGACAGCGUGGCUGAGAGUGACCCCAUGAAUGUCACCAUCCUCCCUGUCUGUGUCCCCACUAUGCCCGUGGCCAAUGCCACCAUCACCCCUCGUCCCCUGUCACACCAGGUGCGCGCAGGUGACAACGUGACCCUGCACUGCUCUGUGCAGGUGGGCUCAGCCCCUGUCACCUUCACCUGGCUGUGUGAUGGCCAGAAGGUGGCCCAGGGUCCCCUCCUGCAGCUCAAUGAUGUUGAAGUGGGACAUUCAGGCACCUACCAGUGCGUAGCCACCAACCAGCUGGGACAGGACGGGCACCGCGUGUUCUGGGCACAUAGCCCAGAGCUGGCCCUGGAGGUGACACCUGGCUCACCCUGGGUCACAGUGGCUGCAGGCUUUGGUGGGGCCCUUUCCUUCCUGGUCCUCCUCAUGGCUGUCACUGUCACCUGGCACUGGUGGCAUCGUGUGGGUGGGUGA